AUGGCAAGUCCCACCGCAUCACAGGCAGUACAAGUAUACACAAAAGGAACCAAAGCCUGGUUCACAGACGAAAAGGAAGCAUGGGUAUCAGCAACAUGUAUAUCUGCCAGCACUUCUGGAGACAAAGUUCGUCUUGUCUUUGAGGAUGACAAUGACCAAAAGGAACAUAUAUUCGAAGCUACCAUGAAAGAUAUAGAAAACGAUAAUGGAUCAAAGCUUCCACCCUUACGAAAUCCUCCAAGAAUGGAGUAUACUGAUGAUCUCACAAAUCUCAGUUACCUCAAUGAACCUUCUGUUCUCAAUACGAUCCGUACGCGCUACAUCCAGCAUCUCAUCUACACAUAUUCUGGAAUUGUGCUGAUUGCAAUGAAUCCUUUUGACCGUGUUGCUCUCUAUGAUCCAGACAUCGUACAGCAAUAUUCUGGUAGACGACGUGGUGAAUUAGAACCGCAUUUGUUUGCAAUUGCAGAAGACGCCUAUAGAUGCAUGAUAAGGGAACAGACGAAUCAGACAAUUGUUGUGUCAGGAGAGAGUGGUGCUGGUAAGACAGUGAGUGCAAAGUAUAUUAUGCGUUACUUUGCCACUGCAGACGAUCAGGAAUCGGUGGGAAAGAAGAAAAAGGUGGAUGGUGGAAUGACUGAGGUUGAAGAGCAGAUCUUGGCUACCAAUCCCAUCAUGGAAGCUUUUGGUAACGCCAAAACUACUCGUAACGACAACAGUUCUCGGUUUGGAAAGUAUAUGGAGAUUCAAUUCGAUGAAGGGGCCAACAUCAUUGGAGCCAAGAUCAGAACAUAUCUUUUAGAACGCUCCAGACUGAUUUUCCAACCAGAAAUUGAAAGAAACUACCACAUAUUUUAUCAGCUUUGUGCCGGUGCUCCCUCUUCUGAAAAGAAGGAACUUGAUCUGGGUGAUUAUAGUAGAUAUCAUUAUCUCAACCAAAGUGGAAGUGGAACUGUUCCGGGUGUAGAUGAUGCUGCCGAGUUUGAGGUGACCCAGAGAGCACUGUCAACUGUUGGUUUAUCGGUCCAAUUACAGUGGAAGAUUUUUCGUAUAUUGGCUGCUCUUCUUCAUAUUGGUAAUAUUCAGAUCACUGGACGUGGAGAUGCCAUGCUUUCCGACAGUGACGCCGCCCUCUUAACCGCAACCCGCCUCUUGGGCAUAAGUACAGCCGAAUUCAGAAAGUGGAUUGUUCGCAAGCAAAUCGUCACUCGCUCAGAGAAGAUUGUAACUAACCUAAACCCAACUCAAGCAAAUGUGGUAAAGGACUCUGUUGCAAAAUACAUUUAUGCAAACUUGUUUGAAUGGCUCGUGUGUGUUACAAACGAAAGCUUGUCUUGCCCAGACAUGUCUAGAGUUACAAACUUUAUUGGUGUUCUCGAUAUCUAUGGUUUUGAGCACUUUAAAAAGAAUUCCUUUGAGCAGUUUUGUAUUAAUUAUGCAAACGAAAAGCUCCAACAACAGUUCAACCAACACGUAUUUAAACUUGAGCAAGAAGAGUAUGUUCGUGAAAAGAUCAACUGGACAUUUAUCGACUUCAGCGACAACCAAAAGUGUAUUGAGCUCAUUGAGGCGAAGCUUGGUAUCUUGUCUCUUCUUGAUGAGGAAUCUCGUCUUCCUUCUGGAUCCGAUCAAGGAUUUAUUCAAAAAUUGUACUCUAACUUUGACAAUCCAAACUUCAAAAACCACUUUAAAAAACCUCGGUUCUCCAAUAGCGCCUUCACCAUUGCUCAUUAUGCCCACGAUGUACAGUACGAAGCCGAGAAUUUCUUGGAUAAAAACAAAGAUUCAGUUCCGGACGAACAUCUUGCACUUUUACAAGACUCUGAGUUUGAAUUUCUGACAGAUGUUCUUGACAAAGCAGCAGCAAACAACCCAGUACCAACGCCAGAGAACAACAAGCGUAUGAGUAUGGUGGUCAGGAAGCCUACACUUGGCUCAAUCUUCAAACUUUCUCUUAUCAACCUUAUGGAUACUAUUGGUCAUACAAAUGUACAUUAUAUUCGUUGUAUCAAACCUAACGAAGCCAAGGUUUCUUGGGGUUUUGAACCAAAUAUGGUUCUCUCUCAGUUGCGUGCAUGUGGUGUACUAGAAACCAUUCGCAUCAGUUGUGCUGGUUAUCCCUCUCGCUGGACAUUUGAAGAGUUUGCCGACCGCUACUACGCGCUAGUGUCUUCCAAAGAUUGGGAUCCAAAGCUGAAACCCGAUAUCAGAGAGCUCUGCACUACAAUUUUAAAUAAUUCAAUCAAGGAAGAAGAUAAAUAUCAAAUUGGUACAACAAAAAUCUUUUUCCGUGCUGGACAACUUGCAUACCUUGAGAAGCUUCGAUCCGACAAAUUCACUGCAUGUGCUAUCCUCCUUCAGAAGAAUAUGCGUCGUUUUAUUUACCACACUCGUUAUGUUCGUAUGCGCGACCUGGCUUUGAGGUUACAGUGUGUUACUCGGCGCUUGGUUGCAGCUGGUAAAAUGCAAGCUCUUCGAGAAGAACAUGCAGCUGUUACUAUUCAAAAGAACUGGCGAAGAUAUUCAGCCCGCAAGGAAUAUCUGUCUAAGCAGCAAGCUGUACUUAAAAUCCAAACAGCUGCUCGUGGAUAUAUUGCUCGUCGUAACUUCUCUUCUGUAAGAGAGACCAAUGCGGCCAUUCAGAUUCAACGUGUUGCAAGAGGAUGGAUUGCACGCAAGCAUUACAGAUCACAGAGAGAGCGUGUAGUUUACUUGCAAUCGUGUGUUCGUCGACGUGUGGCGCGCAAGAAGUUGCUGAAAUUGAAGCACGAGGCUCGAUCAGUAAAUCAUUUACAAGAAGUGUCAUAUAAGCUGGAAAGCAAGGUCGUCGAGCUGACUCAAGGCAUGACUGCACUAAGAGAUGAGAAAAAGAGCAUGUCAGAAAAGUCGAACCAGUUGGAAUCUCAGAUAAGACUGUGGAAAGAAAAGCACGAGAAAGUGGAAAGAAAAGCCAAGGCAUUGGAAGUCAAAUUACUUGAGCCCACCGUUCCACAAGCACAAUGGGAGGCUCUUCAGACUGAGAAAGAUACUCUGUUUAGCGAACAUCGUAGCGUUCUAGAGAAAGUCAAGUCCCAGAACCGCGAGAUCACAAUCCUGACAGAGCAACUCAAUGUACAAAAAGAGGAGAAUGCGCGACUCCAAAAAGAAGUAGACCUGGCAAAAGAACAGAGCAUCAAUGCUGCCGAUGAAGCCGAAGUAGCAGAGUUUAAGAGCCAGAUCGUUGCACUCAAGUCACAACUCGCUCAAGUAAUGAAUACGCCUCGCAGACAGCAAUCAGUCUCAAAUAUCCGAAGCUUGUCUCCCACAAAUAAUGGAAUUCGCAGCAUGUCACCUUCACCAGUCAGACAGCUCGAAUCGAAGGAUAAAAAGGGCCAGGUUCCAGAACCACGUAGCCAAUCCCCGGCGGGUGUACCUAUCAACCGAAAGAUUCGACGCAAUAGUGCUGCAGAUGCUAUUGACCAUCGACCAAAAACAUCGAUCGACAAUAUUCGUAAGGCCGAACUACUUACCAAAAACCCUCGUCCUACGUCUAUCGGUCCUUUCAGUGGAAUCAUGAGUGGUAUGACAAGUGAUGCGGAAGAAGAUUUAUCGGAAGAGAUUGGAAAAAUCCUUAAAGAUGAAGAUAGUCUUCAAGAGGAAAUUCUUGAGGGACUCAUAAAGGCAUUGAAGAUGCCUUUACCUAGUCUGCAAAACCCACCUUCCCAGAAAGAAAUAUUCUUCCCAGCUCACACCAUCGGUCUGUGUGUUACUCAAAUGUGGCAGCUUGGCUACAUUGGGGAGUCAGAACGUCUCUUAUUUACCGUUAUGGACACAAUCCAAAAACAGUGUUUGAGCUUCACUGGAGACGAGUCUGUAGUACCAUGCGCUUUUUGGCUAACAAAUGUUCAUGAGCUAGUAUCUCUCAUCUGCAUUGCUGAAGCUGACAUGGAGCAAGAGAUGCUUGAUAAUAGCACAAACGGACGUCGACCUGUGGGAUGGCAUGAAUUUGAGAAGCUGGCAACAACUGUCAAAUUUGAGAUGCAAUGUCUUGAGGAUAAUAUCUUCCACACAUGGAUGAAAGAAAUGAAGAAACGCCUUAGCAAAAUGGUAGUCCCGGCUGUUGUAGAAGGACAGUCCCUUCCUGGAUUCAUCACUAGCGACUCUGGAAGAUUUUUCAACAAAAUCUUGGCAGGAACAGCAAAGCCAACCUAUAGCAUGGAUGAUCUUUUCAACUUCUUGAACAAGAUCUGGCGCACAAUGAAGUGUUAUUACAUUGAACAAAGUAUCGCUACUCAAGUAUUGACUGAAAUUCUCAAACUUCUUGGUGUAACUGCAUUCAACGAUCUUUUGAUGAGAAAGAACUUCUGUUCAUGGAAGCGAGCCAUGCAAAUCCAAUACAACCUUACUCGCAUUGAGGAAUGGUGCAAGAGCCAUGACAUACCAGAGGGAACCCUUCAAUUGGAACACUUGAUGCAAUGUACAAAACUACUGCAAUUCAAAAAGGCUACCUUGGAAGACAUUGAGAAUAUCUAUGAUGUAUGCUGGGUACUUUCGCCUACACAAAUCCAGAAAUUAAUCUCACAAUACCAUGUGGCAGACUAUGAGACACCAAUAAAACCUGAAAUUCUCAAGGCGGUAGCAUCUCAUGUCAGUGGUGACAAGAGUGAUGUAUUACUACUAGAUCCUGUCAUGAUUGAUGAUAUGACCAACCCAUUCGAGAUACCAGUCGUCCGAGAGAUCGUACCUCAGUGCUAUAUGCCUUCAUGGGUACGUAUUUAA